UGGUGACCGUUGGCGGCGGCGGCUUUGGCGGUUCCACUAUGGCGGCGGCGGGGAGGGGGGGCAGUAGUUUUAAAGUAGACACCCGCCCUUGCCUGAGAGAAGUCUUGCAGAUCCAUUCACAUUUACUAACCUCUUGGAAUGAGGGGCAUGGUGACUUUCUGAUGCAAAGUAGUUCUCAUGGAUCAAAUAUGACUUGGAAUGAACAGGAAAAGACUGAACUUUUUGCAGAUGAUUUUUGUAAUGUGUGUGGAGUGGUGCUUCAGUUUGAAUCACAAAGGAUUUCACAUUAUGAGAGUGAAAAACAUGCUCAAAAUGUUAGGUUUUAUUUUCAAAUGCAUGGGGAACAAAGUGAAGUGCCUGGUAAGAAAAUGAAGAUGGAUGUUAGGAAUUUUCAGGAGCAUAAAAGUGAAGUAGUGGACAGAAAUAAAUUUUGUGGUCUCUGCCACAUGGUUUUUAGCUCCUCAGUUGUUGCUCAGUCUCACUAUGUGGGGAAAGUCCAUUCUAAAAAACUGAAGCAAUUAAUGAAGGAGCGUGAUCAGGUAUCUCCAUCAAGCUUUCAGCCAGCAACGGAGUCAACUUUUCUGAAGCCCCUUGCUUUCAAGCCUCCUCCAGGUGGAAUUAAAGACAAGAUUAUGCCUUCCUCUUCCAGCAGUGCUUUGGAUUUGAAUAAUCCAAACAAGUAUUGCAAGCUCUGUCCUGCUUCCUUUAAUAGUCCAUUAAUGGCCCAACAACAUUAUGUUGGGAAAAAACACAAAAGAAAUGAAGCUAGGAAGAAGUUUGUAGACAAGAUAAGAGAGAAACCUCUUCCUGCAAAAUCAGAUGCAAAUGCAUUUAGUAUGAGAACCUACGAUUGUCGUAUUUGUAAUAUCACCUUUACAUCUUUAGAAAUGUUCCGGUCUCAUAUGCAAAGAAGUGAACAUCAACUUAAAGAAUCCAUUGCUAUCAAUCUAGUGAAGAAGUCAUGGAAGCCACCAGACUCUUGCCAAGAUGAAUGUACAGAUUACAUCAAAGUAGAGAAAGCCAGAGGAUCAGAACCAAAGACUUGUUUUAGAAAGAUGGAAAAAGGUUCUUUGGAAGCCCAUGGGUACAGAGAAGCAGUUGCUUCCAGAUCCAGACAUAGAACGUUUGAACAAAGAUCCCCAUGUGAGACUUUUUGGACAUAUCCAGGACCAUAUAAUAUUUCACAAGUAGUGGAAAACCAAUUACCUCAUUGCUUACCAGCUCAAUCAAAGAAAACAUAUGACUCUUUUCAAGAUGAACUGGAAGAUUAUAUCAAAGUGCAGAAAGCCAGAGGACUACAUCCAAAGACUUGUUUCAGAAAGGUAAAAGAGAGCUCUGUGGAAACCCAUGGGUACAGAGAAAUUGAUUCUGGACCCAGACCAAGAAUGUGUGAACGAAGAUGUUCACUUGAGACUUCUCAGACCUACCAACGACCAUACACUACUUCACCAGUGGAAAGCCAAUUAUAUCCAGCUCAUUCAAAGAGGACAUAUGACUCUUUCCAAGAUGAACUUGAGGAUUAUAUCCAAGUGCAGAAAGCCAGAGGACUAGAGCCAAAGACUUCUUUCAGAAAGAUAAGUGAUAGCUCUGUGGAAACCCAUAAGCACAGAAAAAUGGUUGAUUCCAGACCCAGAUCUAGAAUGUUUGAGCAAAUACCCCCAUUUGAGACUUUCCAGACUUACCCAGGAUCAUACAGUAUUUCACAGGCAGAAGAAAACCAGUUACCUCAUCCUUUACCAACUCAUGACAGCAAACAGAGAUUAGACUCUGUGACCUACUGUCAACCCACCAGAGACUGUUUCCCAGAAAAGCCAGUACCCCUGAGCCUUAGUCAGCAGGACAAUAACUCUGGCACAUACAGUGUAGAAUCUGAAGUUUAUAAGCACCUCUCCUCAGAAAACGAUACCAAUGAGCAUCAAGCAGGUCAUAAGCGUAAACAUCAGAAGAGAAGAAGGCACAUGGAGGAAGGUGAAGAAAGGCCAGAGAAGGAGCAGUCCAAGCAUAAAAGAAAAAAGAGUUAUGGGGAUACAGAUCUAGACAAGGACAAGGGCAUUGGGGAAGGGAAAAGAGACAGAGAUAAACUUAGUGUCAGUUCAGGAAAGCUUAAGCAUCGAAGAAAGAAAAAAAGCCAUGGCGUACCCUCUGAGAAGGAAAAACGUAAGCACAAGAAAGAGAAAAAGAAACCUGUUGAAGAAAAGACAGAAGAGGAAAUGCUUUGGGAUGAGUCUAUUCUUGGAUUUUAAACUUUUAGCUUUGUUUACCCUAGG